CUUUUGUUCAUAACAUUGUGGCAUCCAGAAAAUCCAUCCAAAUCUCUAAACUCUGUCUUGGACAGAUUAAACCCAACCAAAGCAAUUCAAUUUUAAACGAUCUUCAGUUCGCUUCGGUCUCCCAGUCUCCCAGAUACAUAGAAAUAAACUGACGAACUCAGAAUUUUUCUCUGGUUUUCACUCAAUGCAUUGGCGCCUUGAAAUCCCAAUUGAGGGUUGUUUUAAGCAACUAGUUCAAGAAGUUAUUAGCAUAAGGCAUUUCAACGAGGCGAUGAUUUGAGUAAUGAAGAAGCUCCAAUACGCCAUACAAAGCUUGAAAACCAUAACCAAAAGCGCUCCCCGAAAUCUCCUUGAAUACAACCGAUUGCUUGCAGAGCUCAAGCGAUCAAGUCGCUACUUCGACGCUUUGCAACUCUUCACUCAAAUCCAUUCAUCUCAUUGCUUCACCAUCAGGCCCGACCACUACAAUCUCUCCACCGCACUUGCCGUUUGUGCCAACUUUCGCGACAUUGCCUUCGGGUCUCAGCUCCAUGGUUACGCUGUUCGAUCUGGGCUCAAAUUCUACCCUCAUGUCGCCAAUACCAUUCUUUCGCUUUAUGCAAAAACAGAGGAUUUAGAGUCUUUGAAAAAGGGUUUCCAAGAGAUUGAGAACCCAGAUGUUUAUUCUUGGACUACGUUGUUGUCAGCUUCUACAAAAUUGGGUCAUGUUGAGUAUGCAGAUGAGGUGUUUGAUAUAAUGCCAAAGGGUCAUAUUGAAUAUACGGAUGAGGUGUUUGAUAAAAUGCCAAAGGGUAAUGUUGCGUGUUGGAAUGCUGUGAUAACUGGGUGUGCGGAAAGUGGACGUGAUUGGGUUGCCAUUAGCAUCUUUUAUGAAAUGCACAAAAUGGGCGUUAAGCCUGAUAAGUACUCUUUUGCUUGUAUCUUGAGUUUGUGUACCAAGCAAGUUGAAGAUUUGGGAAGACAGGUGCAUUCUUUGGUGAUUAAGGCUGGAUAUCUUAGCAAAGCUUCUGUGAUUAACGCUUUGAUUACUAUGUAUUUCUGUAGUGACAACCACGAGGAUGCCUUUGAGGUUUUUGAGGGAACUGAAGCUGUGUUUCAUGAUCAGAUUACAUAUAACGUAAUGAUAGACGGCUUAGUCUGCGUAGGAAGGGAUGAAGAGGCCUUGAUCAUGUUCAAAGAUAUGCAAAGGGCAUGUCUAAGUCCUACUGAGCUUACCUUGGUGAGCAUUAUGAGCUCAUGUUCAUUUGUACGAGUUGCCCAACAAGUGCACUCCCAUGCAAUUAAGCUAGGCUUUGAAUCUUUUACUUCAGUAGCAAAUUCGGCCAUAACCAUGUACUCUUCUUGUGGGGAGUUUCAGGCAGCCAAUGCAGUUUUUCAGACUCUGAGAGACAAGGAUCUCAUCUCAUGGAAUGCCAUGAUCUCGAGCCAUGUCCGAGGAAAUUUUGGAAAAUCAGCUGUUCUUACUUUUCUACAAAUGCAGAGGACUGGAAUUGGGCCAGAUGAGUUCACGUUUGGAAGCUUAUUAGGAGUUUCAGAGUUCAUCGACAUAGUGGAUAUGGGUCACGCCUUUGUAUAUAAAAACGGGUUGAUCCUCGUAAUUGAAACUUUGAACGCACUAGUUUCUUCAUACUCGAAGUGUGGAAAGAUUACACAGGCUCAUCAAGUCUUCAGUGGAAUCAAUCCAAAAAAUUUAAUCUCUUGGAAUACAGUCAUUUAUGGAUUUUUGUUAAAUGGUCUUCCAUUGCAAGCAUUGGAGCAUUUUUCUGAACUUAUAAUGUCGAAGCUCAAGCCGAGCACGUUUACACUCAGCAUUGUCCUAAGCCUUUGUUCAAACAUUUCAACCUUGGACAUUGGGAAACAGAUUCAUGGUUACAUUCUCAGAUCGGGCAACUUCUCAGAAACUUCUGUAUGCAAUGGCCUUAUAACAAUGUAUUCUAAAUGUGGGUUGUUAGAUUGGUCUCUGAGAGUUUUUAAUGUCAUGAUCAAAAGGGAUAUUAUAUCUUGGAAUUCUGUAAUAUCUGCUUAUGCACAACAUGGGCAGGGGAAGGAAGCUGUGCGCUGUUUCAAGGCUAUGCAAGACAUGUCCCCAUUUAUGCCUGAUCAAGCCACAUUCACUACUGUUCUUUCAGCUUGCAGCCACGCAGGAUUAGUUGAUGAAGCCGGUCAGAUUUUCGAGGCGAUGUUGACAUAUUAUCACGUUGUUCCUAGUGUGGAUCAGUUAUGUUGCAUCGUCGACCUUCUAGGUCGUUCGGGGUAUAUUGAUCAGGCUGAAAGUGCAAUAGAAAGUGCACAAUAUGGAGAGCAUACACAGGUCUGGUGGGCAUUAUUUAGUGCUUGUGCAGCUCAUGGAAACUUAAGGUUAGGAAGAAGUGUUGCGGGAAUCCUUCUAGAGAAAGAACGUGAUAAUCCAUCGGUGUAUGUGGUUCUGUCAAAUAUAUAUGCCACUGCUGGGUGUUGGCAAGAAGCAGCCAACGUGAGGGAAUUGAUUAAGAAAACUGGUGCAAUCAAACAACCAGGCUGCAGUUGGAUCAGGUAACUGAAUCUUGCCUUACUAUAAUUCUUUUACAAUCUUUUAUUCUUCAUUGGGCUGGAUUUGACGUAUUGUUUGUACGGUGAAUUAUGUUAACGUUCAAUUUUUCAUACUGUUAUCUGUGAAUUAUCUAUCUUGUUGUUCAGCUAAGAGCUGAGGGAAGAUCACAAUCGAAUCAUCUACAAAUAGGAAAGUGCUCAUUCGGCUUGAAGUUGUGGAGAUCAUGCCUGAGAAUCGAGUGCCAUCACUACAUCGUGUAUAUUGAGCAAUCAGUGAGAUCGACGAUGAAGGCCUCGGGCUAGACGCUUUGGGCAGCUGAAACUCUAAACUACUCUUCCUAUACGUAAGAGGAGGAUCAUCACACACAAGUUCCUUCGUCCUUUGAUUUGAGAUGACACUACGUUCUCCUAGGCUAAGUUCAUGCAUUAACAUUUGAUCCGACCCAAGUGGGAAAAGCCAAACAAUUAGUUCGCGGCCCUCGAAGAAAAGAUUUGGGUGAUGGACAUGAAAUUCUAGAUCAAAAGGAUCGGAGUGGAAUGUUAGAAAUUACGAUUCUCUAGAAUGAUAUGAUAUUGUCCACUUUGAGUAUAAGCUCUUCAUGACUUUGCUUUUGGUUUCUCCAAAAGGCCUCAUACC